AGCAGGAGGGAGGGAGGGAGCCUGCUUGGUUGGUCCCAGUACUGUUUACUUAAUAUUCUUUGCUAAGGAAGCUCAAUUUAAAUAGGAUUGCAGCCACAGUCUGCUUGCAUUAGACGGGACAUGGUUAUUAAAGACCUUUAACUUUUAAGAGCCUUUUGUUCUAAACCUAAGUGUGUGGACGAUGCUGUUGCAGGAUGCCUUUCCUUUGGGGUCUUAGACAGGAUAAGGAAACCUGUGUGGGGAUCAACAACCAGAGCUACAUAUGUGAUACAGGACACUGCUGUGGACAGUCUCAGUGCUGCAACUACUACUAUGAACUCUGGUGGUUCUGGCUGGUGUGGACUAUUAUAAUCAUCCUGAGCUGCUGCUGCGUUUGCCACCACCGCCGGGCCAAGCAUCGCCUGCAGGCCCAGCAGCGGCAACAUGAAAUUAACUUGAUUGCCUACCGGGAAGCCCAUAACUACUCAGCGCUGCCAUUUUAUUUCAGGUUUUUGCCAAACUAUUUACUACCUCCUUAUGAGGAAGUGGUGAACCGACCUCCAACCCCUCCCCCACCAUACAGUGCCUUACAGCUACAGCAGCAACAGCAACAGCAGCAGCAGCAGCAGCAGCAGCAGCAACAACAGCAGGUGGUCCCUGUCUGCAAUAGUCCCUCAGGCCCUGACCCCCUCAGGAGCCUUCCGGAGGCACAAACGAGCCCACUGUCCGUGCCUGGCAGCAGCAGGAACAGCACCAGAUCAAGCACUGAGGACCCUGAGCCCUCCACAUUGCUGGUGGACCAAGAGGCUACCAAAGCCUCUGGCAUGGAGCCAGGCAGCUCUGGGGCCUGUCUGGGGGAGCUGGGUGAUGCAGGGUCUUUCCUAGAUAAGGACUCAGAGUGUAAGGAAGAGUUACUGAAAGAUUAUAGCUCUGAGAGCUUGGAGCACAGCAGCGCCUUUCCUGACAGCAAAGACAAGACACCUGGGAGGCACCGACGCUUCACUGGAGACUCGGGCAUUGAGGUGUGCAUCUGCAACCGAGGCCACCACGAGGACGAUCUCAAAGAACUCAACGGGCUCCUUGAUGACGCCCUGGACAGCGCCCUGGACUUCUGUGAUAGCUGCCAAGCAAGGCCUCCUGGGGAUGAGGAAGAGGGCCUCUACCACCUCUCUGAGGAGCAAGCCCGGGAACAUGGCCACCACCACUUGCCCCGCCAGCCAGCGUGCAUCUUGUUGAAUACGAUCAAUGAGCAGGACUCCCCUAAUUCCCAGAGCAACAGCUCUCCCAGCUAGAGCUGGCCAGCCUGAGAAGAACUUAGAAAAGCAACAAGGAAUGGGGAGGGGAGGGGAGGGCAGGGCAGCCAAGAGUCUAACUGGGUGGUAAGGAAAGUGCUGCUGCUUUUUCUUCUAUCUGUAUUUCUGCCCUUCCUCCCCCAGAUGUAGUUGGAGGUAGGAUUGCCUCUCUCCUACAGAAGUCCUGGGGGUGGAUAGAGGGAAAGGGUAUUGAUUCUCUCACUGUAUUCUUCCCUGCUCCACUCCCCCACCCCACCUCCCUUCUGAGCUUCUUUUUAAAAAUCACAUCUCAGCUGCCUGCCCACAUCAGGUGGUGUGCAUUUUAAAAAAUGUGUUCAAGGGGCCAGGCUUGGACCCUGCCCUUGUUCUUGGGGAUGGAGUGGCUUCUGCUCUUUGGUUUUAGGCUUAGAGAACCGUUACAUCCCAGUUAGUAAGUAGGCAACAGGGUCCCACCACUGGGGAAAUUAAAAAAAAAAAUCAACCUAGCCUGGGCUCCAUGUGGACCCUAGACUUGGGUUCACAGUUGUCACAGAGCUGGAAUUUGAUCUUUUCUUGGAAAAGACUUGUUAUUGCGGGGUAGAAUGGGGAGAACAGUUCUCUAGGAUGUAUGUGGGGGUUUGUCAGAUCAAAUUUUUCUAAAUGAUGGUCAGUGUCAAGAGUCCUCUGGGGAUGAAGGUGAAGCCUCUUUCCUAGGAGAUUCUGGCCAUCCUUAAUCUAGAUUAGCUUGAAAGGGUUCUACUAGUGUUCUUUCUUCAAAACAAAACCACGUACUGCAAACUAAGCUAAAAAUAUGAAUGUACCUGGGUGGGCAGCAGAAGAGUUCGUUUUUAUUAAGGGCAGACUGGGGCCCUUUCUGGUUCAGACCUCUGAGGACCAUGGCUGCACCUAAGCUAAAGAGAAACUGUUACAUCAGGGAGUUUGGAAGAUGUAGGGAGAAGUUGCUUUUGAAUUAUUGGGGAGGGUGUGGAGGUGGCUGCAAACUGUUACAUAUGGAAAUGCUGUGAUGGGGUGGAUGGGGCUACAUCUGCUCUAGGGAGAGUACGGCCUUGCCUUCAUUCUUACUAAGCUGAUGAUUAACAUCUCUCCCUCCAACCCCAUCUUUGCAUCUUCUUCACUUUCCCCCAGCCCAUGGCCUUUGUGCCUUCACACUUCACUAGUAUGCCGAAGAAACGGACAAAACAGGCUGAGUGGCCCUUGAAAAGGGUCAACCCAGGCCUUCAGCCUGUUCCCUAGGCAGUAUUUUCCCUUGGAUCCCAUGAUCCUUUUUUAAAAAAAAUAUAUUGACCACUUGGAAGAAAUAACUGAAUUGUUUGGGUUUGUUUGUUUUUCCCCUCUUUCUUUAUUAAAUGCUGGUACUUUGCCAGCAUCACCUAGGUAUGGCCAAGUGCUCAGCUCAGGUCUGAGUGGUUGGCUUUUCAAUGAAUAGUGGCCCUCUCAGAUUAUUAUUACUGAAGUUUGGCAUCAGGUAAACAGAGGGGAUAUUGUUACAAUUAAUCUGAGAAGAUAAGGCAAACCAAAAACUGAGAUUAACAUUCCCUGACCCAAUCCUAUCCAUAUGAAGAAGGGUUUGCCUUUUUUUCACCCCCACUCCCAAAUGAUGUUCAGAUUAGAUCACGGACAUUAUGGGAAGAAAGUGGGAGGGGGAAAGGCUGUGGGGGUGAGUAAGCACCCCGACUGUAUUUGAUAAAACCAAAAUCCAUCUUGAACAAGGUGAAAAUCAAAAUACACUGACUUUUUGAAUAACCUGUGUGUGUCUGUCUCAUUGUGUGUGAGCCACGGGUACAAAAGCCCCGUGUUUCCUGUGAAUAUACUUUGAAGCAGCCAUUGUGCGCAUCUUAACCAAAAUGUUUGGAGCAAAUUUUGGCUCUCCCAAGGGAACUUACUUUAAGCAUUUACCUGUUUACUGAGCAAAAGCCCUAGGCAAUUCUUAUAUGCCUGGGUGUGUUCAGCAGAGCCCUCAAUGGCAGUCCACUGUUUUUGCCAGAGAAACUUUGCUGGAUGUAGAGGUUUUACUCUACUCAUGGUUGCAAUUUGCACAUCACUGCAUUAAACCCCGGCGGUCUGGGUUCUGUUUCCAGUAAGUGGAAUCCUGUCUAGACGUGUCUGCGUGAGCAUUAUUUGCUGAGCUCCUGUCACCUUCUCCUGCUCCCCCUGCUGCUCUUGGGCCUCAGCUCACAGGCCCCAGGGUAUGGUGCUGAUGACUACGAGGGACAGAAAGCAGGCCCAGAGUCACUAGCUGAAGUUGAGAUUGGAUCGUCAGCAGCAAGCUUGGCCUGGUUGUUGCCCAGACAUCUGACUUUACCUGGAACUGCCAAGGAGAGCUGGCAGAAUCCCAUGUGGAGUUCCUGCCACCCUUGGAUGAGGCUUGAUCACAGUUGAGCAAGUAUAUAGAUGAAAGAGCCAUGACAGGUCCUCGAUUGCCUUUUCAUCUUUUUUUUCCCCAAAGCAACUCACUAUAAAAUGUCUGAACAGCGAGCAAGUUUUACCAAAGUGAAUCCUGUUUCAAUCAAACGGGACAUUGGGAUGCACUGUGGUCUCCUUGGGUUUUUCUCCUCAGAUUGGAAUAGGGCGCUAGACCAAGAGUGAUGUCUCCCAUCCUGAGACAUAAGAGGAAAAGAAAUAAAAUGGUGAAAUUGGGCUUGAUUUAUCAACAGUGACCAGAUCAUGGUCAGUGAAUCUGAGCCCUGCCCGUGCUGAAGGGUCAGCUGGUUGGUGAUAGAGUGGGAUUUGGGGGGGAAAGGGGAGAGAGGUUGUAUUUAAACUUAACUGCUUCCUCUUACCUCCCAGAAGAGGUAGAGAUCUUGGUUUUCCUGGUGAAUGAGGACAAUGGGUGUGAGUUGGGUUUGGUGCUACAGUUAGAAGAUUAGCCAAAUGCUGACACAUUCCUGUGUGUUUGCAUGUGUACAAGUGUGUUCGGCGCAUUGCCAUUUGUUGGGUGUUGUGAAUAUGUGUAUUUUAAGCAAUAAGAUUUAGCUGGUCAGACUUCUCUGGGCAGCCUUACUGACACUUUUCCUGUGAUGUGAUUGUUCUGAAGACAGAGUGGCUCCUACCACUGUGAGAUGCCCAAAUAAAAACCAAUCCAAGA